AGUAAUUCAAAGCUUUAGCCUACUAGUUAUACCUGCAUGUCUAAACUGAUGCGACCUGCGGUAAACACGUAUCGCUGUUUUUAUGUAUAAGUCUUCUAACAAUUAAAUUAGCCAUUCUAUUAACUUAACUCGUUUUUAUACACAUUCUGUCAAUAAGUUGCUUAAAAUCUAACUGAAGUUUUAGUUGAGCCGUUAAUGUGAGGAAGCAGGUUUCUGGUCAUCAGAAACUAACUAUCGGGUAACAGCAGAGCCUGAUGCUGCUACAUUAACUCCCUCUGCUCCCAGUUUGGACGCCAUGUCCGCUCAGCAGGGAGCCAAACCCUCCCUGCGCUUCGGCCAGGUGGUCAUCGGCCCCCCAGGCUCCGGGAAAACUACUUACUGCCAGGGGAUGCAGGAGUUCCUGAGCAGCCUGGGUCGGAAGGUGGUGGUAGUGAACAUGGAUCCAGCCAACGAAGGGAUCCCUUACUCCUGCUCUGUGGACAUCUCUGAACUGGUUACUCUGGAUGAUGUCAUGGAGAACCUGAAGCUGGGACCUAAUGGAGGACUUCUUUACUGUAUGGAGUAUGUGGAAGCAAAUCUGGACUGGCUGGAGAGCAAGCUGACACAAUACAGUGACUGUUACUUCUUGUUUGACUGUCCUGGACAGGUGGAGCUUUACACCCACCAGAGCUCAGUCAAGAAUAUAUUCUCACAGCUGGCCAAGUGGAAUUUCAGACUCACUGCGGUUCACCUUGUAGACUCUCAUUACUGCGCCGACCCAGCCAAGUUCAUCUCUGUGCUCUGCACUUCUCUGUCCACCAUGCUGCAUGUAGAGCUUCCCCACGUCAACGUCCUCUCCAAGAUGGACUUGAUUGAACAAUAUGGAAAACUGGCAUUCAACCUUGACUUCUACACAGAGGUUAUGGACCUGACCUAUCUUCUUGAUCACUUGGCCGCAGAUCCUUUCUUUAAAAAAUUUCACCAUCUCAACGAAAAGCUGGCAGAAGUCAUACAAGAUUAUAGCCUGGUGUCUUUCGUACCUCUUAACGUACAGGACAAAGAGAGCAUGAUUCAGGUCUUGCGUGCUGUGGACAAGGCCAACGGGUACUGCUUUGGAGACCUGGAGGAGAGGAAUCUGCAGGCAAUGAUGUCAGCUGCUGUGGGGGCAGACUUCCAGUUCAGCUCAACUCUUGGAGUACAAGAGAGGUACGUUGAAACCAGUGGGAAGACCGUGGAAGAGGAAAUGAUGGAGCUGUAGAAUAAAAAAGAUCAAAGCCUUUUUUUGAUAAACCAGAGGAGUGUAGGCCCCAUUUAUUGAUUGUUUU